AUGGCCGUUGCCACGGCAACCUUGCCGGGAGAUGGCAACGAGUUUGAUUUGGAUCAGCUUAUUCACAAGUUGAAGCGCGAUGGCGACAUCGUGCCAGAAAUUUUGCCAGAACGCGUGCUGAAGCUUGCUUGUCAGCAGUUGAAGAACAUCCUCAUCGAGGAAAGCAAUGUGCAACCCGUGCAGUUGCCAGUCGUGAUAUGUGGUGACAUUCAUGGUCAAUAUUUCGAUUUGUUGGAGCUCUUCAACAUCGGUGGGCACAUUCCGGAGAAAAACUACAUCUUUAUGGGCGAUUUCGUUGACCGAGGUUACAACAGCGUUGAGACCUUUGAAUUGCUGAUGUUGUUAAAGCUGCGAUAUCCUGCAAGCAUCACAUUGCUUCGCGGUAACCACGAAUCCCGCCAGAUCACGCAGGUUUACGGAUUUUACGAUGAAUGUUUGCGAAAAUACGGCAAUGCAAACCCGUGGAAGUACUGUACGGAGGUGUUUGACUAUUUGACCUUGUCUGCAAUUGUGGAAAAUUCCAUUUUCUGUGUCCACGGAGGACUCUCGCCCGAUGUCAAGAUCCUCGAUCAGAUUCGCACGAUCAAUCGGGUGCAGGAGAUACCGCACGAAGGUGCCUUUGGCGAUCUUGUGUGGUCAGAUCCUGAAGAUAUUGAGGCAUGGGCAGUCAGCCCGAGAGGUGCUGGUUGGCUUUUUGGGGAACGGCCAACACAACACUUCAAUCGUCUCAACGGGUUGGAUCUCAUUGCCAGGGCCCACCAGCUUGUCCAGGAAGGGUACAAGUACAUGUUCAGCGACUCGCAGCAGGAAAGCAAGACGGGACUGUUGGUAACAGUUUGGUCGGCUCCAAAUUACUGCUACAGAUGUGGAAAUGUCGCGUCCAUCCUUGACAUCGACGAAAGGAACCAGCGUGAGUUCCGAAUAUUUCAGGAAGUUCCAGCUUCAGCUUCAGCUGUUCCCCCUCGGCAGCUUGUUCCCUAUUUUCUUUGA